AUGGAGGUACCUAGGAGACCUGGUCCUCAACGAAUGAUUACCGUCGAUGAAAUACCUCGCUCUCCCAUGCCAGCUAAUUCAUCACAGAUAGUUCCAUCAGCUGAUAAUAGAUAUCCUACGUUAUUACCUCCGAUUGCUUCUCAAUCCAUGAAUCAACCCGAUCGAUUCCGUCCUGUACCACAACAAAUAGCAUUUGAUGAAUCGAUUAAUCAGUCAUUGUAUAAAAUCAAACAAUUGGAAAGUCGAUUACAAGUAACAGAAAUAUCAAAUCGAACUUUAUUAGAAGAAGUUAUACGUUUACAAACCGAACUUUUUAGUGCGAUUCGUCGAAGUCAAGAUAUUUUACAAGAAGAGCGUUUAUCACGUCAACAAAUUGAAAACAAUGUUCGAAUUCAAAAUGAUGUUAUUUUACAACUGACAUCAAGAAUUAAACGUAAUGAAGAUGCAUCUAAUGACGAUCAUCAAUCGUAUCAAACAAUUAACGCCAAUGUUAAAGGUGUUGAACAAAAUAUAAUGUCGGUUCAAAAAGAAUAUUUAUUAAAACGUGACUCUAAUGCUCAAAGUAUUGACGGACUUCGAAAACAAAUUGAAACUUUAAAUCAACAAAGUGAAAAUUUGGAAAAAACAGAAUUGAAUAUGAUUGAGGAUAUUCGCGCCGUGCGUAAUAAAAUUGAUGUUGAUGCAAUUGGUGUACAAUCAUUAACGCAAGAAUUAAGACAAAAAACAAGAAAGUUAGAUGAAGAUACUCAUGCCACUGAAAAUCUACUUCGAAAACAACAAGAAACAAUAAAUGCCGGCGAUUUACUAUUCAAUUCAUUUCGUAAUGCUACAGAAUUAAAAUUGAAUGAAUAUCGUGAUGCUAUAAGUGAAAUACGAUCUCGUAUUGAUUUUGAUAGAGACGAUCGUCGUUUAGUUGAAACACAAUUGGCAUCAAAAGUAAAUGAAGUGCAAUCAUCUUUAAAUGUUACACGUUCAGCACAAGCAGAAAUAUUGAAAACUGUUGAAAUUAUUAAACGUGAAACUGGUAAUCAAAAUGAACAAAUACAAAAUAAAUUACGUCAAGAAAUAAAUGAUAGUGCAAGUCAAUUAAUGUUGAGAACAACAGACAAAUUAGAACGUUUAAAAGAUGAUAUUGAUUUUAAAUCAAAAGAAUAUGAAAAGUCAUUAGCGUUAGAAUCUGAACAACGUCAACGACACAUGCAAGUUGUACAAAUAGAAGUAGAAAAUCAAUUAGAUAUAAUAAAAGCGACUAUAGUUGAUGGACAAACAAGAGCAAAUAAUGAAAUAAGGGAACUAACACGAAAAAGUGCCGAAUCAUUGAGAAAAUUAAAUGAUGGUAUUACUCUAAUUGAACAACAUACGGAUGAAAAUCGUCGUAAAGUGGAAAAAGUACUUGAUGCUGAAAUUAAAUCAAGAAAAUUACAAAAUAAAGAAAUAUCUGAUUCAUUGGUAAAAACAGAUGAAAAAUUAAGCUAUCAAAUUGGUAAUAUUCAAUCAUCUUUAACAAGUUUUAAUCAUCGUAUAGCAGAAAUGAAAGAUUUGAGUAAUAAACCUGAAAUAAUUAAUCUAAAUCGACGAUUAGAACUAUCUGAGAAUGCUCAUCGUGAAUCUGAAUUAAGUUUACGAACAUUGAACGGAAGAUUGGACGAAGUGGCCGUAAAACAGACGAAUAUUGAAACAAAAUUACAUAAUACAAAUGAAAAACUAAAAGAAGAUGAGGCUAUUGUACGUGAUUUGUCUACUAAAAUUUCUACGUUGUCAACUGUCGAUGAUCUUACAAAUGCCAAACGUGAUAUAACUGAAAAACAUCAAGAAGAAACACUUUUGCAAACAAUAGCUAAAAAUGAACAACGUGUGAAUGGUAUACGCGUUGAUCUUAAUAUAUUAGAAGAACAAAUAAAUCAGAAAAUGAAUAGUAUAGCAGAUGUAUUAGAAAACGAACAAGUAUUACAAACUCAAAUGCGAGAAAAAAAUGGUGAACAAGAAUUAUGGAAACGUGAAGUUGAACAAAAAUUAUCUCGUCUAAUAACCAUGCGCGAUACAACUCCACAAGAUAUUUUUAAUCUCAAUGAAAAAUUAACAAGUACUCGACAAGAAUGUAUGAAAUAUUCACAAGAUGAAAACUUCAAAACGAAAGAUGAAAUGGAAAGGAUGCGUAAAGAACUUGCACAAGUACAACGAUUACUUGGCUCGAGUACUACAAAACCAGUAACACAACAAGAUGUCGAUUAUCGCGAAGAAGACGUAGAUAUGAUAUUUCGAAAACUUGGUCAUACACCACCAAUUCGUUCUAACAUUCGUCAUGGUGAUUCUAAUGAGUGA